AUGCCAGUGCCCUACGUGACCGAGACAGUGGCUGGUGGCUGGAAAACCUCGGACAUCUUCUCGCGCCUCCUCUCCGAGCGCAUCAUCACGCUCAACGGCGAAGUCAACGACCCCAUGUCUGCCACCGUCACCGCCCAACUCCUCUUCCUCGAAGCCGACAACCCCUCCAAGCCCAUCUCCCUCUACAUAAACUCCCCCGGCGGCUCCGUCACCGCCGGCAUGGCCAUCUACGACACCAUGAACUACAUCCGCUGCCCUGUCACAACCAUCUGCAUGGGCCAGGCUGCUUCCAUGGGCUCGCUGCUGCUCGCGGGUGGUAGCCCUGGCCAGAGAUAUAUCCUGCCGCACAGCAGGGUCAUGAUACACCAGCCGAGCGGCGGGUAUAGCGGCAAGGCGAGCGAUAUUGCGGACCACGCGAAGGAGAUUUUGAGGGUGAGAGACCAGCUGAACAAGAUCUAUCAAAAGCACCUGACGAAGCCGCGGACGCUGGAGGAGAUUGAAAAAUACAUGGAGCGAGACUACUUCAUGGAUGCGAACGAGGCGCUCGAGUUUGGCAUCGUAGACCAAGUGUUGGAGAAGCGGGAGGCAGAUAAGGAAAAGGAGUGA